GCGGGAAGAGUAUCGAAGACCGGGGCUAAACAUUGACGUUCCAAGUAGAGAGCAUGAGGGAGUUUGCUCUUCGCACAGUUUUCAUCUAAGUUCAUCCAAGUCCUUUUUCUUUACCCUUUUCUUCAGCUCAGCGGCGUUUAAUGUCUACUUGUAAGACUAUUGAAUAGUCGACGGGGGGGUUUCAGCCAUUUGGAGCAUGGUCUGGCCUGGGCAAAUCAGCUUUCAUUUCCUUUUUCAGCAGCUUUUUAAGACAUCCUAUUCUUAGAUUCCAGCAGGCAAAACCUCGACGACAUUUUUCAACAUGAUCAAGGACUAUCAGCCAAAGAUGAUGUGGAAUUUCAUUGAAGCAGAUGCCUCCCAACCUGCGGACCACGCAAUUUUUCUUUCGUCCGGAAAGCGGAUAUUACAGCGAGUGGUAUUCGGACUUCUACCAAGUUUCGUUCAACAGAGAAUACGUCCAAACCUCACCAAGUCACAGCGGCGGCGGCCGACCGCAUAUCUAGAUGGCCUACGCGGGGUAGCUUCCUUCAUCGUGUUUAUGGGACACUACACAGAGGAGAACUUGGGAUGGUACACCGAACCCUAUGGAUUAUACGAAGACGGGGCGAAAUCGUCCCCAUUACAACUGCCAUUCGCUCGAGUUAUAUAUUCAGCACGGCCAAUGGUACACAUCUUCUUCAUUAUUUCGGGAUAUGUUCUAUCAUAUAAGCCCCUCAAGCAGAUCCAUGCUCAGCAAUUUUCGGCUCUCACAACGACGCUCUCAUCGUCAGUCUUUAGACGUGCACUCCGACUCUUCUUACCCUCCUUUGUUACCUUAUUUAUCAUGGCCACCGCCCUAUACUGUGGAUUCUCCGACAGCAGAUACGCCGAACCUCACUCUUCUCUUUAUUCGCAACUGACACACGCCUGGAAUGUAUGUCUGCGGCUUCUGAGUGCCUCCUGGGCGAUCAACGAUAUCGAUUAUCCACAACCACCAUACAACCCAGCUCUCUGGACCAUUCCUAUCGAAUUUGCACAAUCUUUACUUCUCUUCAUUGCCAUCCUCGGCCUCUCGCGCUGUGUCACCAGCAUCCGCCUCCUGUUACUCGCCGGAAUCUCCGCGUUCUGCUUCUACAGCGGCGAACUUUAUACUGUUGAAUUUCUCGGGGGAAUGUUCAUCGCAGAAGUGACGAUCCUUCAAGAUGGUCCUUUGACGAGCCCAUCUGCCAGCCCGACAACCUUGCCGAAAUACACGGCCAAGGAGAAAGCGGAGGCAGUAUGUGGGUGCACGAUCAAGGAGAAGCUGAUCCAGGCCUUCUGGCUUGCCAACAUCGUCUCCGGCCUGUUCAUUGCAUCGUGGACAAACAGGCACGUCGAAGAGUUGUGGGGGUUGCGGUUCCUGAAUGCACACACACCCGAGCCAUACGAAGGCCAACGAGUCUGGUUUUGCUUGGGAGCCUUCCAGAUCGUGACGGCAUUUACACAGCUAAAGUCCCUGCAAUCCAUUUUCACAACUCCGGGGGCGAUCUAUUUGGGGAAUAUCAGUUAUGCAUUGUAUCUGACCCACAAUUUGUGUUUGAGGAUCUUGGAGCCGCGGGUAGGGCCAUGGCUGGACGACGUUUUUGGGAAAGCAACAUUGUGGCAACGACAACUUUCUUGGUUAGGUGGUUUGGCGCUGUUCCUGCCCAUCGUCAUAUGCGUAGCAGAUCUCUUUUGGAGAGUAGUCGAUACACCAAGUGUGAAGUUUGCAAGAUGGUUAGAAGGGAAGUGUGUGGUAGAAAAAAUCUCGAUAUAAUUUGGAUUAUAUGGUUUGGAUGGGUAGAAGGGACGUGUGUUGUAGAAAAGAUCUUGUGAUAUAAUAAUUUUGGAAUAUAUGGGUUGGAUGGGUAGCAUAAGGGACUUCAGGCGUUUUAAGACAUUGAAUUUGGAGAUGGGAAUUGCAUGCUCGCUGGGCGAAAUCGUGGGCAAGCACAAGGAUGGUGUUGUGGGAAAAUUUUUAUCAUCGAGGAGCCUGUAUCGAAAACGAGUAGAAGUGUGUCGGAAUGAAAAGAUAUACAAGAAUUCAACCACAAGCGACG